AUGUCAGUAAGAAUAUCGAAAACGACAAAGGGGUUUUUACUCGAUCAGGCGAAGCAGGAUCCCGGGCUGCCUCGACCGCAGCCAACGACGUCGUUUUGGCAGCUCCCGCCACACCCAACGCUCGCAAACAAGCAAUCUAGCAAACUCCCUGACACGACCGAUGUUGCGAUUAUCGGAUCAGGCAUUACGGGAUGUAGCGUGGCCAAGCAUAUUCUGGACAUUUCUGCCCAAAUUGCUAGCGGCGACGCCAUGACCGUGACGGUGUUUGAGGCGCGGACGCUGGUGAGCGGCGCCACGGGCCGGAAUGGAGGACUGCUGAGCUCGUUUGUACCCGAAGAGUUUGGCGAUCUGCUCGAGCACUACGGCGCUGAAGAGGCCGUGAAGCUGGCACGAUUUGCCAACCGAAGCAUUGAAAAGCUGCAUGAGCUGGCAGGUUCGUCGCGGGAGCUCAAGGAGCUGAGCCAGGCGCGCCGUUUGCGCGAUGUUGUUUGCUUCAGCAACUCCGAUGACUUCGCUGAAGGGGAAAAGUCGUGGAGAUUGUACGAAGAGCAUGUGCCAGAGGACAAAGGGAAGACGGAAUUCCUCUCUCCAGAAGAGGCAGCGCAGAGAUACAACGUCCGCGCAACGGCAGGGGCCAUAACAUUUCCAAACGGCGCUUGCUGGCCCUAUAGGCUGAUGACAGAUACUUGGUCGCAGCUGUGCGAGCAGUACGAAAUCAGAUUCUCUAUCGAAACCAAGACACCGGUUGAGAGCAUCACCCAAGAUGCUGCCAAGGUUAUUCAUGCGACGAAUGGAUUUACUGGCCACUUGCUGCCUUCCCUCCGCGGCAUCAUUUAUCCGCUUCGUGGCACCAUGUCGGUACAAAAAUCGACACCUGAAUUCGGCCAGCAGGGCAGCAGCACAACGUGGAGCAUGGUAAACAAGAAAAUCUACGACCCGGAAGCAGACACACUGGAAGCAGGCACAUACUAUGGACACCAGAAUACCAUUACGGGCGAUCUUUUCUUUGGCGGGGAAAAGACCAAGCUGAGCGAACUUUUCGUCACCGACGACACGCAGGUAAAUGCGCACUGCCAAGACAACCUCGCCACACUGCUGCCACGCUACUUUAUCAACGGCUGGAAAGACGAGGAGAACAAAGGAGGAGCACCGGGGCCUGAGAUUCGCGCCAUGUGGACAGGAAUCAUGGGCUUCACCGGGGACCGUCUGCCGCUGGUCGGACCGCUGCCGGCGAGCGCGACGCAGCGUGGACACGACGGCGGCGAGUGGAUCGCGGCAGGCUUCAACGGCUACGGCAUGUCGUUGUGCUGGGCGUGCGGCGAGGCGGUGGCCAAGAUGGUUCUGGGGCUGGCCGUGUCUGAUUUCCUACCGGCGGCGCUGCGGGUGACGAGGGAGCGGCUUGAGCAGCCGGCGCGUAGGGGUGCUCUGGACGCUGUCGUCGAUAUGGCGGAUGCAUAA